AUGAAUGAAAUUCAAGAGCCUGGGUCUCCACCGUCGAAGAAGCUCAAAUUAGACGAUGAAAUUGUACAACAAGAAGAACAGGAUGAAAAAAUUAUGGAUUUCACUGAAGAUAAUGUAGGGGUGGAAGAUAAUUUUACUAUCGGUGAUAAGUAUAGUGACUUUGUGAGUCCUGCAGAGUUAGAGAAGCUGAGGGAGUUUAGGGUUUUAGAUGAAGUGAAGGAUAACGAAGGAGACACUAAUGACGAAGAUUCUGAUAGCUCUGAAGGUAAAUCAGAGGAAUUGCCAGAGGAAGAAAUCGAAAAGAUGUUGGAUGAAGAUUUGCCUCCAGAACUUAAGGAGGCUCGCAAACCUAAGGAGAAGCCAUACGUUACGCGUACUAAGAUUGUUCUAGAAGAGAAGGGUAUCAACCAGUUCGAGAUCCUGCCGCUGGACUGGAUGAUGGUGCGGCACUGCAGCGGCGUGCCGGUAUACAUGCACCGCCCCACGCGCGUCUGCACGCUCUCCAAGCCGUACUUCCUGGGCAAAGGAAAUACGAGGCGUCACGAUAUUCCCAUUAGUGCCAUUCCUUGUCUAGCGUAUCGACGAGCACUAGAAGAAGAAGAGAAGCAGAAGGAAAUAGAUCGUAAAGUUGAAGAACAGAUUAAAAACAAAUCGUGGCUGCAAGCACAAGGACUGACCGUUUUAAAUCUCAACGGGGACACGACCACCGAAAACGAUGAAAAGACUGAUGAAUUAAUGACAAAUAGUACUGAUUUAAAUGAUAAAAAAGUUUCUAAUGGUAGUGAGAUUAAAUCUACGGGCAAGUGCCCUUUUAGCCAUUUAAGAAGUGAUAAUGAGGAUGAUGUUAAGUCAAAUAUUGAAGAUAUUAAAACUGAUGAUCAGAGUGAAGAAUCUAUUGAUCGGAUAAAAGAAAAAAACGAUUCUAAUAGCCACACGGAAUCGAAUGAUAAUAAUGAAAGUAAUGACAGAAAUGAAUGUAAUGUUAAAAAUGAAAGUAAUGAUGUUAAUGAAUGUAAUAACAAAAAUGAAUCUAUUGAGAAGAAAGAAUCCAAUGAUGAUGUAAAUGAUAAUAAUAAUGAUGCUAGUGCCAAUACCAAUGAUACUGCCAAUGCUAAUAAUCCUAGAAUAUUAUUUGAAGACAUACCUUUGAACCGUCAGCCGGUCAUACUGCCGGGUGGUAUAAUAAUGCCCUCGCCGAGAGUCGAAUCUGUGAACUCCAGCUGGAAAACUCAACACCUAACUGCCGAACAAAUAAACGAUUACUGCAAAACUCUCUUCAUAUUCAAGACAGUCAAUUUCAUGCAUUUCAACCGUUGGGCGGAUCGUCGCAAGUACACGAAGGCCCGCAAGGCGCUGCAGUACCCCAAGCUGCCGGAGGGCACCAAGCUGAUCAGCAUACCUGCCAUCAAUAACGGCCAAGACGGCGGCAAGGCGGGCGCGCGCGACUGGGUGAUGAACAUGGACGGCUCCGGCUACCUGUCGGAGUUCCACAAGUACGUGUGCCGCGCGCUGCAGACGCGCCCCGUCUACGAGUACAAGCAACUCGAGAACGCGACGAACCCUUACCAGGCGACGGUGUUUAUCGGCGGGAUGCAGUACGGCGUGGGGCAGGGCUCCAGCAAGCGCCAGGCCAAGUACGCCGCCGUCAAGGCCUCCAUGCAGAUACUCAUCCCCGCGAUGCGCAACACGCUGGACGCGCCGCCACCGCCCAAGCCCGAGCCCGACUUCUCCUUCUUCGACUACGUGGGCAUCGAGGACCCGCGCAUCGCGGAGUUCUGCGCCGCCACCUGCGAGCCCUCGCCGCACGCCAUCCUGCUCACCUGCCUGCUGCGCAACUUCGGCGCCGGCGACUGGCAGCCUAAAUGUGAGAUGAAGAAGCUGGAGUACCAGAAAAUCGAGCUGACGAUGACGGUGGGCAAGCACACCGCCACCGUCGUCUGCAAGAACAAAAAAACCGCCAAGCAGCGCGCCAGCCAGGCCAUCCUGCAGGCGCUGCACCCGCACGUGCGGUCGUGGGGCUCGCUGCUGCGGCUGUACGGCUCGCGCAGCGUGAAGAGCUGCAAGGAGAAGAAGCUGGAGGAGCAGCAGAUCACACUGCUGCAGGACAAGGCGCGCCACAACGAGCCCAACCACGCCGUGCUCGCCAAGCUGCGCCAGGAGAUGCGCAAGCUGCGCGCGCGUGACGCGGUGGUGGCGCCGCUGGGUGCGCUGCUGCACGCCGCGCGCCUUCCGCAGGCCUCCGCCUCCGGCCUCGACGCGCUCGAGCUC